AUGACUGUGUAUGUACGUGACCUGAUUCUGCGGCGAGAGGAGCAGCGCGGUGCUGAGACGGCCGGUGUGGGCCGGUUGCAGGAGACGCAAGCCUGCAACAGCGCCGGCCCGCUGGACGUGACCGAGCGGCUGCUGCACGUGAUGGCGCUGGGCCAGCUGCUGCCUCCGCCGCUCACGCUCAUCCCCGAGAUGCUGGCCACGCUGACCUCGCACGAGGUGUACCUGCUGCUGACAGACGUCUGGGCGUACAUGCGCGAGACGGUGCCGUCGCCGGCGGCCUUCACGCACGACGCGGCCGGCGUGGCGAGCCGCUCGUUCCCGCCGCUGGAGGCGCGCUUCACGGCCCGCCUGCUGCUCGUGCUGCAGAACAACAUGGCCACGCUCGGCCACCUGUUCCCGCAGGUACGGGCUGCCAUCGCGCCGGCCGACUGACGGACGCGCGCCCGCUCGCCGACCGGACGCUAGCCACCUGUUCCCGCAGG